AGUUUCAGCACUGUACCAAUGGGAACACCGGGCACUCCUAUUUACAAUAAACCCUCUGGUAACGUGGAAUUGCAGGGGUCUCCUCCUGCUCCGACAGUUUACCAGAACCUCUAUUUGAAGUGGGGACGACGGGGGACGACGACACAUGCUAACUUUAGCUUCUUAUUACUGCUGUCCGCUUGGCACGAUAGAAAGACGAUCCGUUUCCCAGCUAAAUGGGGCGAGGGAAGGAGCGCAAACCACUUGGCACUCCGAUCAUAAACUCCAAAGUGUUUGUUAACCGAGCUUUAUUUUAAAUGAAGGCUUUUUGUUAGUGUGAAAUCACUGCUUUGUGGAUUUCUGAUUUCAUCGGAACGCGACAGCUAAACAGUAAGUGUCGUUCCCUGCUGAUCACCAGGACCCUUUUAAGUUCGUGAUGUGUGUCGAAAAAGAACCAGUUUACCGUUGAAGUUUAACAGGGAAACUCGAGGUUCAAUGUGGUGGGAGCUCUGACGCGGUGGAGGUGUGCUCGCGGCUGUGAGUCCCGCUGACGAUAACCCUCAGUUGUUUUUAGCUCUCCUGUUUUCAUCCAUAUAUUUUAGAUCAGCACGUCCAGCUCCCCCAACCUCCAGCGGCAACUCAAGGCUACGCACACCGGCUGUGCGUUCACCAUUGGUGAGGAAUAGAUCCCCGGAAUAACGGAUCUUUUCCUUUAGAGGUAGUUGAAUGGAUUUUCAGGGACACUUUACUGAAACUGGGGAAUUGGAACCAAACUGUUUUCAAAUACCUGCUUGGGGCCACUCGUCUGAAGUGCGUAAACGCUCUAUUCUUCGAUUUUUGCCUGUCCGAUCUGUCCGACGCUUUUUAAAUCGCCGCAGUAAAUACCUUCACGAGUCUGUUUUUAGUUUGAUAUUUGAAGACACUGGUGGAAAAGAUGAACCUAUGUAUCGUUAGUAUUCUCUUCACUUUAGAUGUGGCCACCGUAGCGCUCAGUUUUUCCACAUGCAGUACGCUGGACAUGGAUCAGUUCAAGAAGAAGCGUAUGGAGGCAAUUCGAGGGCAGAUUCUGAGCAAGCUGAAGCUCAGGAUCCCCCCGGAGGACUACCUCGAGCCCGAGGACGUGUCCCGAGACAUUGUUGCCAUAUACAACAGCACCCGGGACCUGCUGCAGGAGAAAGCGAACGAACGGGCGGCGACUUGCGAGCGGCAGCGCAGCGAGGAGGAGUAUUACGCCAAGGAGGUGCACAAAAUCGACAUGCAGCCCUUCUACCCGUCAGAGAAUGUCAUCUCUCCAACUCCCUUCAACCCUUACUUCAGGCGGCUGACAUUUGAUGUUUCCUCCAUGGAGAAGAAUGCUUCCAACCUGGUAAAGGCUGAGCUCAGGAUCUUCCGUCUUCAAACCCCUGGGGCCAAAGUGUCUGAGCAGCGUAUCGAGCUCUACCAGAUUUUGGGACACAAAGAUCUGACAUCCCCAACACAGCGGUAUAUUGACAGCAAGGUGGUACGAACACAAACAGAGGGAGAGUGGCUGUCCUUUGAUGUCACAGAGGCAGUGAGUGAAUGGCUGAACCACAGAGACAGAAACAGUGGAUUCAAGAUCAGUCUGCACUGCCCCUGCUGCACAUUUGUACCAUCAAAUAACUACAUUAUUCCCAACAAGAGUGAGGAAUUGGAGGCACGGUUUGGAGGUAUUGAUGACAGCUUCACUCAUGGUGGUGACCUUAAGGUGUUUAAGAACCGUCGCUACAGUGCACGGGUUCCGCACCUUCUCCUUAUGCUUCUGCCUUCAUACCGGCUGGAGUCCCAAUCGCAGCACAAAAACCAUCGAUCCAAGAGGGCCCUGGAUGCCGCCUACUGCUCCAAAAAUGUGCAGGACAACUGCUGCUUACGAUCACUCUACAUUGAUUUUAAGAAGGACCUGGGCUGGAGGUGGAUCCAUGAGCCAAAGGGAUACGAGGCCAACUUCUGUGCUGGGGCAUGUCCGUAUCUGUGGAGUGCCGACACCCAGCAUUCCAAGGUGUUGGGCCUUUAUAACGCCAUCAACCCUGAAGCAUCCGCAUCGCCCUGCUGUGUCUCCCAGGACCUGGAGCCCCUCACUAUCCUCUACUACAUUGGCAAGACCCCAAAAAUAGAACAGCUCUCCAAUAUGAAGGUCAAGUCUUGCAAGUGCAGCUAGACAUCAUUACACACACACACACACACACACACACACACACACACUUCAGAUUCUGGCAUACAUGCUGGCAACAGUGAGUAGUGCUAGGUCAGUGCAUACACAACAUACAGGACCAAUGUAGUCUUGAAUUUGAUACCAUUGCUAAGUGGAAGAAGUAUAGAGGUGUACUGCAGUAUUUGGGUGGCAGAGAUUCAUAAUGCCUAAUAUUGAUAUAUAUCAGUCUGGUCUUAUCUUCAGAGAGUUAAGGCUGAGUCCAGGUACAGGCUUCAAUUUGUAGUGCAAUGCUUGGCUUUCCAAUCAUCAGGAGCUGUUGGCUAUCCAGCGACAACUUGCAGCUUUUUAUACCCAUUAAAUCUACUUCCGCUGGAGGAGAGCCAGUGCAGUCAUUCAAUGCUUCACAAGUCUCAAUGUCAUUGUUCUUAUGUGGCCAAACAAACUAAUAAGUUAAUUAUGAUCCUAUAGCAAAUUAAACUCACAUAUGAAAAAGGAAAGCUUUACAUUAUGUAGAGGUUUCAAAUGUUUAAUUGAAACAAUUCCUUCUGGCAACUAUUUCUAAACCAGAUUAACUUGUUAAUGCCAAGUAACUCCGAGUGCAUUUAAGAUGCAGAACUGCGGAACUGACUGUAUUGAACAUUAUUUCAAAAAGCAUUUCCCAACUGACAAAUCUGAUAUUAGCCUACUGAUAACAGUAGAAACGUCAGCCUAAAACUGCUGCACAAAUUUGUCAAAAAUAAGUUUAAGGUAAUUUAAAUUAAGGUUCUGUCAAUCUUUACUUGCAAGGUUUCUGCUGUUUUCCAGCAGUACAAAUUCAUUUGUGGGUCUUAAUUCUGUAAUGAACAAAAAAAAUUAUUCUGUGGUAAUUGUUUUGAUGGCAGCCCUGGUUAUUGUUGGAAUUCCCUGGAAACUGAAAUAAAAUUUCAGCUGGCUUUAACAGUGUUAUGACCUUUAGGUGACAUUCACCCAUACAUACACACAUAAACAAACAUACAUACAUACAUAUAUACAGAUGUACAUCCAGAUGGACAUGUAGUCACACGAAUAUGGCUCCUGUACAGGUAUGUCUUCUUGAAGGCCUUGUCAACAUGCACCACAUCACACACUUCUCAGACCGAGACACAAGAGUAAGGCAAACACUGGAUGUAUAAGUGGUAAGUGUUUAUAUGUGAAGCCCUGAAAAAACAUUGCUCCACCCCAACACCUACGCACCAUUUCAUGUAAUUUUCUAAAACAUCCAAUUUUUUGAACCACAAUUAUCUAUUAAAUGUUUUGAACAUAAAGAUUGUUGCUGUGAAGACUCUCAUUUACUAGGCUGUGCUUGGUACAGAUUGAUCUUGGAGGUUUCCACACAGAGAACACGUUCAUAAGCUGUAGAUUGUGAUCUCUCUUGGAUGCAAAGAAACUACAAAAUGUCCAAAAGUCUUGCUGCCAACAGAAAACUUGAAGUCACCCACCAACUUGUAAAAGCUGACUGUCAGUCUUCGUUUUUUUCUUAAUAAAAAAAAUAUAUAUAUUGCACUGAUGCUGAUUUGAUUUUCUAUUUGAAAUAUCCUAUUUUCCUAGUCAAUCUGAAAUCCCCCCCCUUUAUCAAAUAAGUGUUGAUGUAGGUGACCUGACCCUGGCUCCUGUGGCAUGUAGUGCCAGUGGAAAAAAAAGAUGGGCACCAACUAUGUCACGAUAGAGCUAUUCUUUUUUACGUUUAUUUGAUGUUUGAUGAUGUUUUGAUUCUGAUGAUGAUGUUUUUGUGAUCUUGUUGUGGUGCUCCAGUGGUAAAUAAAUUAUUUAAGUUUCAA